GCCUUCCCGACCGAUAACGGCAAGGAAACGGCCCAUCGCCAUGUACGCCCAAGGCCACGCUUACGACGACCACGACGGCCGCCACGACCAGCAGAUGCAGGGCCUCCUCCAUGAGCAGUUCCAAAUGCAGUCGCACAUGGCGCAUCACAUGCACCACGAGCGGGCCCACGAGCAUGGCGGCGCCAUGGUGCACCCGACGAUGCACCUCAAGGACAAGUCAGCCGACAGCAUGCGCCUCGCCAUGAACACGCACGACAUGGGCGGCCUCAUGGAGUCCAGCGACCAUCUUAUGCAGCGCAUGUACGACCAGGACGACGAUGAAGAAGAGGACGACGUGAAGCGCUCGAAAGGCGACGCCAACAGCAAAAAGCCGUGGACGCGCGAAGAGAACGAGAAGCUUAUGCAGCUUGUCAAGCAGUACGGUGCCAAGCGCUGGUCGCUCAUCGCGAUGCACCUCCCAGGACGCGUCGGCAAGCAAUGCCGCGAGCGCUGGCACAACCAUCUUAACCCUGCGGUGCGGAAGGAUGCGUGGACUGCGGAGGAGGAUUACGUGAUCUUUGAAUGCCACAAGAACGUCGGCAACCAGUGGGCGGAAAUCUCCAAGAUGCUGCCCGGCCGCACGGACAACGCCAUCAAGAACCGGUAUUACUCGACCAUGCGCCGCAUGCAGCGCCAAUCGCUUCGGAAGAAGGGCUGCGCUCGCGAGACGAAGCCGCGGUCGCAGUCGCUCAUCGUGUCGCCGACGAGCAGCGAUGCUCAUCACAUGUUUCCUCGCGGCGCGCCGUUCCAGAAGCUCGUGCUCUCGGCCAACGGCAAGAUGGACGGCAGUGGCAACAACAACAACGGCAACUUUCUCAGCGAGUACGACCCGCGCAACCACCACAACGGCAUGGAGUUUGGGACCGGUCCGUUUGCCAGCAACAACAACAACAACAGCGGCGGUGGUUUUGCCGGUGAAUUCCAGCACUCGCCGUUCGAAUACCAGCAGCACCUGCGCCGUCACUCGUCCACGUCGGACGCGCCGCACAUGAUGAUGUACCCGCCGAGUGGCAUGAUGCACACGUCGCCGACGUCGUCGUCGUCGGGCAUGUACGACAACCAGCGCGAUGACGACAAGCACGACGAGAAGCACCACCACGACCCGCACGCGCACCACCGCGUAUUAGACGACCUGCAGAUGCGCGAGCAGAACAACGCGACGCGGCCCGUGUCGGUGACGGCGCGCCUCUUCCAGAACACGCACCCGUCCAUGGUCAAAACCCCCGAGAUGGACGGCGGCAAGAUGCUCCUCAAGACGCCCGCGUACGACGCCGAGACGCAAGAAGUCUACAUCUAAGUGCACACGUGCCUGUAUUUCCAUGCAACAACUUCUAUGGUAGACGUAUUAAGAGCAAUCAACUAGUUUAUUAGGCAA